GCAUAAAAUACAUAUUUAUAUUCUCAUUAAUUGUAGAUUCUUUUUGUUUUAGGUAUUAAUACAGAUUGUUGGCUUUAUUCCAAAAGCAGUUCUAAGACAUUUUAAUCAGUAUUUAAUUCGUGUAACUGUUCGGGAGAACAGUCACUACGUUUUAAUUUUUCCAACAUCGAAAAUCAGAAUAUUUCGUUUUUCUCGUUGUUUACGAACGCGCGAGAAAAAGAGCUAUUCAGGAUUUAGCGACUAGCAUCGGCAAUUUUAAUGUUUACAUUGAUAGCGCGCAAUUUCCAUUUAAAUUUGCUUCUUUGCUUUUAAAUAUCGAAAUAAACAUGAAGGAUCAUCCAAAUAAAAAUCGUCGUAAAUCUAGAAAAAGAAAAACAAAGGUGUUGAAGGAUCGUUUUUCUGAUGUUAAUUGUGUUGAAACUUCAGAGAUGCCUAAUGAUUUCUUGAUUUCAAGUGAUUCAACUGUUUUGCUAAAUACAGCCUCUUCGUCUACUAGUUUUAUGCUCACUGCUGGAUUAUUGCCUGAAUUAAAUGAUGCUGUUAAGCCAAAUUCAAGUAUUAGCUUUGAUGGAUAUCCUGUCUCUAUGGAAUCUUCACUGUAUCAGGAAACUCUUCCCUUUUCUCCCAUAUCUAGAUCUGUCUGCCAUGAGAUUUCUUUGGAAUCAUCAUCAUCAUUAGUAGGAGAAAUUGUGCAGUCUCCAGUUUCUAGAUUUGGAAGAAAUACUAGUGAUUGUUUAUCAAAUUCCUGUGCACCAGAGAAGUUACUGAAUGGAAAAUUAACACCUGUUAUAUCCAAUUCUGAUGCUACUUCUGUGUCUGUUUUUGAUUCUUUGCUGUCAAAAAAUCUACCUGAACCUGAUUUUGAAAACAUGGUUACUGAUGAAUUUGCCACACCUUCUGGUAAAAGAAAGUGUCAGGAUAAUUUUGCUGGCAAUCCACUCCCAUCUGGACGAUUUAUAUGUGAUCUGGCAUAUGUGAUUAAACAAGCUCGUUCACUUGAAGAGCAUUCAUAUUUAUGUAAUUUUCAAGGGAAAUUGGUUUUUAAAUCGAUUAUUAAAUCCGGUCUGAAAGCAUCCUUGCACUUUGUCUGCAGCAACAGUUUUUGCAGCAAGAAAGCCGUAAUUUUCACAGAAGAGGAAGGCAGUAAAUUGGGCAAUAUUAAUCAAUUGGCCGUUCUUGGUGCAUUAGCCACAGGUAGUGGUUUUUCCCAAGAGGAAGAAAAAUUUAGCACCAUGAACGUAAAUUACAUGAGCCAUCCAACGUUCAUUGCUUGUGAGAAAACGGCCAGCAAACUCUUGGAUGCUUGCCUUGAAGAAAAUUUAAAUUUGGCUGUCCAAGAAGAAAGAAUCCUCGCUGAAAGCAAAAAAAGUAUAGAUGCCGAAGGCUUUCACUGUGUUCCUGUUGUUGUUGAUGGAGGCUGGUGCAAAAGAACCUAUGGCCAUGGAUAUAAUUCUGCAAGUGGAGCUGCGGUAAUAAUUGGCCAUUAUACGCAAAAAAUUUUAUAUAUUGGUGUCAAAAAUAAAGUCUGCCUGAUUUGUAAUGCCAUUGAAAGAGGAAGAAUUGAAGCAAAACCACAUUUUUGUUGGAGAAACUGGUCAGGUGCUUCAACAGCAAUGGAGAGUGAUGUAAUUGUGGAAGGAUUACAAUAUCUUGAAACAAUCCACUGCAUCCGUUGCAUUCAGUUAAUUGGUGAUGGGGACUCCAACACAAUGACAAAAAUAAGGGAGGAAGUUUCCUAUGGAAAUAAAGUUAAGAAAAUAGAGUGUGCAAAUCAUGCCAUAAGGAGGUAUCGAAGAGCUCUGACUAAGCUUCAGACAGAUGCAUCAAAAUUCAAUGGAAACAGUGGCAUUCAGGCACGCAAGCUCUUAAAACAAAAGCUCACUCGUUUAGUCACUGGAGCCAGAGUAUCUAUAAAAAUGCACAAUGUUCACAGUCAUCAAAAUUUCAGCAGUGAAGCUAUUGCCAAACUUAGUGCAGAAUUGAAAAAUGGGCCAAGUCAUGUCUUUGGCAAACAUGACAAUUGUGAGGAGUUCUGCAGUAGAAAAGAUAGCCAAGAAGAUGACUCAGUUUAUAAAUUAAUGAUGGAAACUGGGAUGCUUUCAGACAUACAAGCAAUUGUGCAGCGAGUGUUAAUACAGUCUGCGGACAGCCUAAUUUGGAACACUACAAAUAAUUCUGCUGAAAACUACAUGAGUCAGUUCUGUAAAACAUCUGGGGGCAAGCGAGUAGACCAUUCGAAAGCAGGUGGAAUUACAAGACGAGCUAAAAUAGCUGCAUUAGCCUAUCAAGAACCUGCUCAGAAAUGGCUCAUGUCAGCUCACAAAUGCUUAAAUAAAAAAAAUCCAGCCACUCCAGUGCGUGAGUUUGUAAGACGAAGACAAAAUUUUCAUCUGAACAGGAUUAGGCGAAGAAAGCUGUUUUGUAUAGAAAAGCUUAGAAGAUUGGAAAAAAGAAUGUCUGGCCAUAUUUCAAAGGGUGGAGAUAAAAAUUACGGCGAUAAUUGUCAGAAACCAGAUGUUUCUGACGAAACUCUUACAAGAUUAAAAUCUGAGUUUCUGUUUUCUCUAAAAGUUAGUUCUUCUUCUGAAUUAGAGAAUGCAACAAGAAAACAGUCAGAGUGCCCAAUUUGGAAAGAAGAAAGAUCAAAAAGAAUUUCCUCCUCCUUUUUUAAAGAUGUCAUUGGUCGAAAAAAUAGCACUCUUUGUGGAAAAUUGGUUAAAAGGAUAGUCUAUCCUGAAUCAAUUGUAACCAAAGCUCUAGAGUAUGGAAAAGUAAAAGAAAAAGAGGCCCUUCUUGAUUACUGCAAACAAACAGGGUACAAAGUUGAUUCUUGUGGUCUUUUUGUUUGUGCAGAAAAACCAUUCCUUUGUGCUAGCCCUGAUGGUCUGAUCGGAAAAGAAGGGCUAGUUGAAAUAAAAUGUCCAUAUUCUGCCAGACUAUACAGAAAUCUGUCUGAAGCUAGUCAGAGCCAUAAUAUUGGUUUAAAGAUAGAUGAAACUGGGUCCCUCUAUCUGCCAAAAAGUCAUAAGUAUUUUUACCAAAUACAGGGUCAACUCGCCAUCACCCAACGGCAAUGGUGUGAUUUGUUCUUUUGGUCUGAAUCGGAUUCCCUGAUUAUUAAAAUUUGCAGAGAUGAAAACUUUUGGAUUAAAGGUGUUAAAAAGUUAGAAAACUUUUUUAUGGAUUGUAUUCUUCCUGAGCUGGUUGAUUCUCGCUUCAAGAGAAAUAUGCCCAUCAGAGAACCCCAACAUAUACUUGAUGCAAGAAAUGAGAAAGUCAUAAAUAAUUCAAAAAAUGCAGCUUCGACUUCAACAGAAACAAGUAACGCACCUGUAAUUUUACAUCUAAAACCAGCAACGGCAAUUUCUGUCCAACCCGAGAAACCAGAAUUAAAAGAAAAAAGAAUUCGAAAGCCUAAAUCAAUUUUUGAUUUAUAAAGAUUAUAACAACCUUAAUUUCAAUUAAAAGUCUUAUGUUUCAUAUUAAAUUCUUAGCCAUACAUAUUCAAUUUGCCAUACAUUUUAUUAUAAUAAUUAAAAUUCCUCUACAAAGAUGUUUCCACCUUGUCGAGGUGUAGAGGCUUGUGAGCACCAAUGAUUUAUAGAGCUAUGUCGGCUAUAGCAUUUGCUAUUGGUAGGGUCACCCUUGCCGAAUUGGUCUGUAAUGAGGUGCCAGACAAAGAGAAACACAUUUAGUAAAUGUUGCAGUAAGCAAGCUGUAAGCACAUAUCUGCCAUCGUAUUAACUGCAAGCACAUAUUAGCCAUUAUAUGAACUUCAAUAUCUGAUCAGAAACACCAAUAAAUAAAAUUGACUAUUAUGGAUAUAAAAUAUCAAAUAUACCUGUUUGUGAUUUGCUAAAUUUUUUGAACUGAAUUCUCUUUUUUUUACUCAUCUAUACUUGAGCUUAUGUUUCUUGCAGAUUUACGAAAUAAUGGUUAUUAAUAUUAUUUAUUUUAAAUUAAUUAUGGUUUUCCUUCUAUGAUUCAGAAUAAUUACCUUGACUGCUGAAACACUAACAGAAAACUGCUUGAAAUAAUAUUACUUGUUUUACUGCUGAUGUUAAUAGUUUGAAAGAUGAUUCUUCAAUUAAGGUUAUCUAAUAUAUUUGUAAUUGCUCAACCAUUGCUCUGAAGAAAAGGAAAUCAGCUGGUAACAAAAUUCAUAGCUAAUUUUCUGACGAAUGUGAAAGUGAUAUUACACAGUGUAAAAGCUACACUAAUACUGAAAGCUCAAAAAAUUAUUCAAAAUGUUAGCAGAUGGUGAAUAAAUUAGAAGUGAACAAUUCAUUUUGCUAUAAUUUUAAACCAACUGCUAACUUCUUUGUAAAUUGUAAGAAUACUACACUAGUUUAAAAACAUUCUUCAUUUUUUCCUUUCCGUGAAAAUAAUCGACAUUGGCGACAAAACUGUAAUAAAUAUAAAAACUCCAAAGCAAAACUUCUAAUCGUUUUUUAUGAAUAAAUCAUAAUAUGAAUAUCUGCCCCCACUAAGAAAAGCCAAGUAGCUAUAAAUUCAAAGAAAAACAUGUUUCCAUCUGUAAAACUAGUAUACUGUAAAACUAGUAUAUACUUACCUCAGCUGUUGAUUGCUAUGGCAAUGAGGUGAACAGAGCCCUCAAACUUUUCCCACUGUUCUAUGCUUUAUACUGCUUUAGAAAUUCUCAAACAGUUUUGAAAAAUAUAAAGACUCUCUCUUCAACAUUGGCAAUAGAAAUGACCCCUUAAAAUGAGAAUGCAAACGCAUCAUCAGUCUCACUUUUUUAAAUCCAAAGACCUUAUGAUUGAAUAGUGUUUCAUCCUCUGCAGCAACAGAAAAAUCAGAAAAGGAAGAUUCUUCUUUUGAAGAUAUAAAUAGGUGCCUUGAAUCGAAGAAUAUUUAUUAAGCACUUCAUUGUGUCUUGGAUCAUGAAGAUGAUCUUCUUACCUCAGCUGCUCAUUGCUAUGGCAAUGAGGUGAACAGAGCCCUCAAACUUCUUCCCACAGUUCUAUGCUUUAUACUGCUUUAGAAAUUCAAGCUAAGACUUUUAGAAAUUCUCAAACAGUUAUGAAAAAUAUAAAGACUCGCUCUUCAACAUUGGCAAUAGAAAUUAUCCCUUAAAAUGAGUCCAAAGCUUUACAAAGAACUUUCUGACGAUCCUGAAUAUUUUUCACAUUGACAUUGCACACUAAAUAAAUCCGUCUUGCCUGAGGCACUCAAGCCGUAGCUCUCUAUCGAGCCCUUAACAAACUGUAUAAUCUGUUGAUUUCCCUUCAAUAUAUAAUUUUUUUCCCACCAGUGAGUAGUGGUUAGCUUUGUGCAUGUAGUUAAAGUAAGGACCCAAUUCUUCCUUGUGCAAAAUAGUUGUCUCUGACUAAAUCUCAUUGAUGCUAUUAUAGCUUCUGCCCAACCAGUUUAGUAAUUUCUUUGUCAGUUAUCGUGAGACUUGAGUUACAACCUGCUGUAGAUGAGUAACCUACUGUUUGGCUAAGUUACUCUUGUGUUAAAUUGUGAUGACCUGAUAUGCUUUACUAAACUGUUCUUGUAACAAUCAACCAGUAUUUUCUUUUCUUCUGUUUCCUCCCUAGGAUUUCUACCAUUCUGCAAAUUUUGCUUGGCCAUUCUGUAUAUUUAUGAAAUUUUAUGUUCCCAUUUUUUAUGUAUAAAACAGAAUGAAAUUAUUGAGUAUUAAACCUUUUUUUAAACUUUUUUGAUGAACAAAAUAUAUAAAAACUCAUAUACAAAACUCACUUUCUUUACAAAUAUUUAUAUACAAAACUUUAUAUACAAAACUCACUUUCUGUUAUUAAUUAUCACAGAAGAGAAAUCAAAAUGAAGUAACAUAUAAUGUUUGAAUUAUAAAUUUAAUACUUAUUAUUAAUUCAAAACUUUUACUGUAUGUUCAACAUAUUAAAUGUAUAGAAUGUUUUUGAUUGGUUGUAAUAAAUAAAAUUUUAAACGUG